AUGACUUCGCCUCUGACGAAACUGGCUGUAGCAGCCACAUCUGUAGCAGCACUCUUCUCAGCCCUGCUUAUAUCUAACCCUUCGUUUGCUUUUCCAGGUCUGGGACUCAAAUCGGCAGACCUUGAAGGCUAUGGUCUUCCAUAUCCACUCUUGAUCCUGGUCAACCCUUUGGCCAGGUCCCUGUCUGGACCAGCUGUAUCCGGAUCAGUUCUGUCUCAUCCUCCCGCUCCUGAAGGGCUCGUGUCUGUUGAGAGCGUUGCAAACGACAAGAUUAUUCCAAGUACAACGAAUACCACUCGCGAACACGCACCAGAUCAAUGGGAAGCCAUCCGCGUUAGGGAAAUCGAUCCCCACGGAUUCUUCCACCUCGGUGACGACGGUGUCCGUCGCAGCUUUGGCGGUAACAAGAAGGUGGUCGCCUACCGGCGGCUCAGCCCGGCUGAAAUCCGUCGCGAUAUCGACAGUCUCGCGGAGGCGAUGGCGCGAUCUGUUUCCAGGAGCAAGAACAAAAACAACGAGAUAUUCCUCGAUGCCCUGGUCAAGCACCUGGACGAAGUCUACGAGGGGGUCGAUGGACGUGACGUGACGGAUCCGAUGGAUCUGUGGUACACAAGCGAGACGAGUAGACCUGCAUGGGAACCGCCAGUCGAAUGGCAAGACACAGAUGACGCGAUGGGUAGUUGCAGGGACGAUAUGAUCGGUUAUCCCGGGACCAGAUGCUUGGUUGGGCAUGUCAUCUGUGCAAGUCACGAAUGUAUUACCGGCCUUCCGGAAUGUCCGAUGUGUGACUCGAUGGACAAUCAUAGAGAUAGAUAUUGUACGCCGCCUCAGAAUUGA